UUUAAGAGUCUAGUUCAGCAUCUCAGAGGGAGUCCAACUACUUUUUCCAACCCCUCCCAAGGGGAAGAAAAAUAAUAGAAAAUUAAAUUGGGAUCUUCAUAAAUAUUUAACUGUGAGGUGCUGCGUUCAGUUAAGCACUGAGUGUUUGUAGAAAUAAAUAAAGGACAACUAUUCGUGGUACCACGCCAUUCUGCGUGGAGAAAUUAGUACGAGGGUAACACAAUGAUGUACCAACUGUGUGCGACACUGUUUAGUUUGCCUAUGGUCCUGCAUGCCUCUGGAGCAGGUGAGACAUUAUAGUUUAAUUUUAUGUUAAGCAUAUAAGCAUAAUGUAAUUCUUCUUGGCAACUUUCCUUUGUUAAUUUAUUUUUUAAAUACUUAUACUACUCUUAUAGCAAUUAUUUUUUAUUUCAAUUUGAGCAAUAUAUAGAACUUCAAAUUCACCAGUUUCCUGGAACUUUUUAUCUGCUUAUAGAAAUUUAAGAAUAAACUACGCAGACAUGAUUAUAUAAUAUUAAUAUAAUGUAUAAUUUAUAUUAUAUAUGUAUUAUAUAAUAUAAUAUAAUUUAUCUGAUUAUAUUUUAUUUCACCCCUUCUUGGUCCUUUAUUGCACAAGGUAUCGAGGAUCAAGCUUAAUUUAUAGCUUGGAUAUCUUUUUGAAACAAUUAAAUGCCACUGAAAGAAUUUAGCAUUUUCCAAGUUUUUAUUUCCUGCGUUAAUUUAGAUAAUUGAAUGUUGUUAAGCUGAUGAUAGCAAUAAAUAUAGGAAUAUUAACAUGUAAAAUGCAUAAGUGAUUUUAAAAGGCAUGAAAGUUUAUUUAGGAAAAUAUGAAAGUACCAUAUCCAGUAUUUUUUAGAAAGAACUGUAUUGUUUUAUUUUAAAUUGCAGGAAUAUGUAAUUGCUAUUGACACGAAUCAAAUUUAUUUAAUUGAAGAAGCACUCUAAACUUCAUAGCUACUACACCACUUCAGUGAUUAUGGUGCAUUGAGACUCUCACAAUAACUGGGGGUUUCAUUGAGCUCAUAGCGCAGAUCCUCCACAAUGGACAAAUGUAUUGGCCUGCUCAGCUUUAGGUAGCUGUGAUUGGCUUAGAGUGCUGGCCCAACAUACCCCCCCCACAUACACUGUCCUCCAUUGCCCUAUACAGGCAAAUAUGAAAGUUCACGUACACUGUAAUCAAGCUGCAGUAAAGGGUCUAGGCAACAGGCUCCUGAAAUGCAAUUUUUAAAAUUUUUAUUAUUAAUCUACAAACCCAGUUAGAUAUAUAAUUUUGGUAGAGCACCCACAGACAUUGUUUAUCGCAUUCAGUUCAGCUAGUUUAGGUGCAGUUGGGUUUAUUUUUGUGCUGUUGUUCUAGCUUUCGCAGAGCUGACUGUAGCUCCAAUAUGAGUUUUGUCUUGCGCUGCCUUUUAUGGGUGGCUAGCCAAAUGAGGUGUCCCCUUAUUACCAUUUUGUGUGCCGCCCAAAGCAUGGUGGGGUUGAUUUUUGGUGUGGAGUAUUGAAAUAGUUUGUGAAAGCCUCUUUAGGGGAGGUCAGUACAUCCUCGUCUUUUAGAAGAUUAGAAUUCAGCUUCCACGUCCAGUUAGCGCUGUAUUGUAGUUUACUUAGUGUCAUUGCUAUGUUUGCAUGGUCAGACCAUGUAAUGCUAUUGAUUUCUGAGUGAAUCACUUUAUUCAUGCCAAUGUCGUUUAGAAAUAUGUUGUCGAUUCUCGAGUAAGUGUCAUGUGGGUUUAAGUAAAAUGUGUAGUCUUGUGCACCAGGAUGUUGCAGUCUUCAGGCAUCUAAUAGGCCCAUAGGGUCAAGAACCUAUGAAGGAGUUUGUCCUGUCCCCCUUUGCCCUGAGAUCUCAGGGUCCCUGGUUUCGCACUCCUGUCCACCACAACAACCCCCCACCAAUGUUUUUCGUGAGGGUUUCCAAUGAGGUCCAGAAGGAGAUAUCUGGUUCAUUGGGGGCAUAAACAUUGAUGAUACUAAGUUUUAUAUUGUGAAGAGUUCCCAUCCCCACUAAAUAACGCCCUUGGGGUCUGCUUGGCUAUUUGUGAUUACAUAUGGGCAGUGUUUAUGAGUAAGCACUGCUAUCCCUGACUUUUUUCUGUUACUUCUCGCCUCAUGUGCUGUGGUGUACGUCCUGUCCCUCAGCGAAGUGGGUGCCGACCUGGGGAGGUGUGUCUCCCGGAGGAGCACUAUGCCCGCUAUUUUUCUUUAUUUUCUCUCAACAUAAGUCUAUGUUUAUUUGGGGUGUUAAUGCCUUUAACAUUCAUUGAAACUAUCUUAAGGGCCAUGGGUGUGAAGGGUUAGUUUGCUGAGGUCCUGGUUUUGUGGAGGUGUGGGUUGCAUGCCCCUCUGUAAGGUGCCGCCCCUAUGGGAGUGUCUGUGAGGGUUGUGUGUGUGCCUUGUAUCUUGGUAUCGCCAUCUUGAGCCAUAAGUGAAAUUACUCCAUGAGCCAAUAAACAAAACAAAACAUGUUAAGAACCUACAGAUAUUUGCAUUGUUUUUUGGUCUUACAGGUUGCCAAAAUAAGGAGUGGCCGAUCCCGCUCUUAUCCACUAUCAGAGCUCAUGCUCCCUUCCCUCUGAUACUUUUCAGGGUUUUGUAUCUGUGGUGUAGUGGAAAGGGGUGGACAUAUGCGCCCUCCCCCCUGAAACCUUGAUACCCACCCUUGGAGUUAAGGACAUGCGCCCCCACUGCCAUUCAAGAGCUGGGCAAUGGAGUGCCCCGUUUGGGGCCUGGCUGCUGUGUUGCCCCUUUGUCUGUGCUACAGUAUGAAAUCCUAUUUAAUCUGGGGGCGGAUGGCCUGUCCUAAUUUGGCGAGGUGGCAAAUAGUAUUCCUAGGGUAUGUCACCGACCUUAUGCCGGAGCGGCCGGGUAUGUGAGGUCCCCUGCAUAUGUUGGGGGGUUCAGUUCAAUAGGGGCCCUGUCUUAGUCUUUCACAGUGUGGAAGCUGUUGGAGUGGGCUGCCAUGGGAACGGCUGUCGGCUACAGUGCGCAAUGCACCUGCUGGGACAGUAAUACUCUCUUUGAGUUUUGUAAAGGUUCCUGUCAUUUUCCUGUGGUACCUUGCUACUGUGCAGAGACCUAACUAGGCAGGAGCGCUUAAAAGCUGAUCCCUACUGCGCCUCUCUUUAAGCUAUGUAGUAUGCCAACCGUACAAUGCAUUUAAUUCAACUUAUUUACAUCUCCCCCCCUCCCUUCCCCAUCCGCUAUCUAAACAAUAAACAUUCCUUUCUCGGUUAAGUCAGCCCCCACAGUCCAGUAUCCCACAAGAGCCCCUUUAUGAUACACUUAGCUGAGCUUCAGUUGUGGGAUAACCAGACAGUUCUUGGAGUAAAUGUUUUCACUGGUGUGCCGUUACGAUCUCUGCCAGUGUCACUCAGGUGUGGCGCUGCGUUGUAUCUUUCACAGUAUACCAGUCUCUUGGGAGAGAGGAAAGCUCAGGGAGAUUUGGCUUGGGGAGGUUCAACUUAGGUGGUGCUGCGAUGCCCAUUUUAAGGAGGAACUGGGUCAGGUCAUCACCUGGUUGCAGGGUUGUUUUCCCAUCCUUGAAUGUCACAAGCUUAAAUGGGUGACCCCAAGUGUAGCGUAUGUCCCUCUGCCUCAGUUGAUCCGUGAUGGGCUUUCACUCGUGGCAUCUCUGCAGGAUGGAGGGAGAGAGAUUCUGGUAUAUGGCUAUGGUGGCGUCUUGGUAGGUCAUCUCAUGCUCUCUGUUGUAUCACAGGACUGCUUCCUUUGUGGAGAGAAGUGAAAUCGCAUUGUGAUGUCUCUGGGCAUGGAGCCCUCUGUUCUUUGGGCGCGCAGCUCACGGUGUGCCCGAUUGAUCACCCAUUUGUCGUCAGGGAUGUCUGGCAAAAGAUGUUUGAAAUAGUGCUCCAUUUUUCCCACCAAAGAGCCCUUGUUGGGUGCCCCCGGUAGGCCCUGGAUUCUAAGGUUGUUUCGCCUGGACCUAUUUGCUAGGUCCUCCACGGUCAUUUAGCUGUCUGUCCAUGGAGUGUGAGUUGGCUACGGUGGUGUUAUGGGCCCGUACUAUGUUCUCAACCAUGUCUUCUAGGUUCGCAGGAGCGCCAUGUUAUUUCUUCAGCCAGGUAGUUCCUGACUUCAAGCAGCUUGGUGAGGAUUUCAAUGUGUCCUCCAUUGCUCUUUCAGGCAUCUCACUGCCUGCUGUAGAUGCUGGUGAGAGGGAGACACGCGAGCUGAGGUGGCGGCCAUCUUGUGCUGCCUGGUUGGAGCGUGAGGCGAAAAACAUGUCUGCCACUGUUAGGCUGGAAUCUUGUCCUUCCCUCCUCUUCUUACGCGUUCAUUUUGCCCCAGUGCUCAAGGUAGACAUUAUGCACUGGAUUGCUGUGGUUUGUGCUAGUGGAUGCUGCUGGUGCAUGCUGGAUUUAAAGUGGAUGAGCGGGAGCCCUCAGAUUAUGCGGUCAUGCAGGUCUACAGUCAGGCCACGCACCACGGCAAGGGUUUCUUUGUUGGUUAGUCCAUUUUGAAAAUAAAUUUGAGUUUAGAUAAAAAUAAUUGUAGAGUGUUCGACUGGUUCCAGACCUGCAAAAUGGCUAUGCGUCCAGUAGCUGUGAUUAUGAAGAGGAAUCGUUUAUUAGUUGGGGGUUGACCCUGGAUAAGUCCCAGGAGCAAGAACUCUGGGGUCAAUGGUAGUGUGCACUCCCACAGACAGUGAUAUAAGUCGGCUUUUGUGUGUGUACAUUUGAAACAGGUCGCUGAGUCUUUCCUAGCCAUUAGAUGUAGUCUGUGUGGUGAAUAAUAAGCGUAGUGUAGGGUCUUUAGAAACAUGUCUCUGUAAGAGACGAUAGGCAGGGUUUGGCAUUGGGCUUGGUGCGCCCUCAGGAUGUCUGUAGGAGUUAUUUCAGGGAAGUGGGUUUUCCAUUUUACCAUGCCUGUUUGAAGACCAGUCCAGUCUGGAGUGUAUCGUAUGAACAUGUAGAGUUUAGAUGUGGAAUAAGUGGCUCAUGUCGAGAAGCACAGCAUAGUAUCUAAAGGGUUCUCCCAGUCCGCUUCUGUGAGAGUUUGAGUGAUAGAGUGGUAGUAGUGCCUCACCUGGAGGUAUGCAAACCAUGGGGUUGGAAGGUCCGGGAAUCUCUCCCGUAUCUCUGCUAGCGUUAAAAAUCUUUGACCCGUGUGGUCUACUAAGGAGCAGGGAGCCGUGACACCCCGGUCCUCCCACAGUGGGAAGGGAUAGUCGGUACCAGGGGCAAAGUUAGUGUUGCGAGUGAGAGGCACGUGCAGCGAUUUUAUAGGGUGAGCUCCCAUUUUAGAUCGGGCUUGUUUCUAGGCCCUGAUUGGGGUAUGUAUAAGUGGGCUUGUAAGGAUUUUAUUUGGGAGGAGGUGGUGUGGCCUGUGCAGGAGAGCCAGCAGUGAGUCCGGCUCCGCCAGGAAGGACUCCAACAGCAACUUUGAAAACCUAUUCUGGGAUUGGAUUCAAUCCAGUGAAUGUCUUAGUUGCACUGCUAGGCUAUACUCCUUAGCAUUUGGCAAGUUUAGUCCCCCUUGAGCGGUAUAUUAAUAUAGGUUUUAUGGCUAAGGUGUGGUUUGCAGCCCUGCCAUAAAAAUUGUCAACGCUUCUUAUUUAGUAGUGUUUCAUUCUGUUUCGAGAGUAGCAAGAGCAAGGGAAGGACUUGAAGUGGAUAUAGUAGUUUGGGAAAACUAAUUUGUAUAGAUUUGCCCUUCCUAUGUAGGAUAAGGGUAAGUUAUGACAAUGGUCAAGCUCUGAGAAUAUGAUGGGAGGUGUGGCGAAACCAACCUUGCCACGUGUCCUUGGAGGGGGCUGCUUGCCCGCCUCUUACCUUUAGACUAUGGCCCCUGUUCUUUUUCCCUGGUUUGUGCCUUUCUGCGGACUGUUAAAGCCAUGCAACCCCAGAUAGCUAUGCCAUGGAGCCCAGCCGUAUACUGAAAGACUGUAUGAAAGACUUUGGCUCCAUGGCGAUUGAACUGUAUGUAUGUGAUCUAAGCGCCAUCCGGUAAUAACGUGCGCUCAGAUCUAAGCUAUCUGGGGAUAGGUAGAAUGUCUGUAUUUUAUGUAUAAAUGUAACCUUGUGUAUUUUAUUGUAUUUUACUGUCUUUUGUCUGCCAUGUGUGUAAUGGAGUUUGCCUCUGUCCUUGGAGAUAAUUGGAUUACUUCUCCAAUUAUCUCCAGGCCAGGGAGGAGGGAUUGUGAUGCAUUGUGGGUUGUAACUGUUAUUUGAUUGGUUAUUUUAUACCUCCCUGUGGGCGGUCCUGUAUGUGCAAGACUGUAAUAAAAACCAGGCUGGGUGUGCCAGCAGGGUUGUUCCUGUUUAACCCUCAAAGUGAAGUGUCGUCUCAUUCUUGGGGGAAUUUGACUGUAUGCCGAUUGCCAGGAGUGUAAGCUGUUCGUAGGGCUUUUCCUGUUCGGCUGCUUCCAGGGUUCGUGUGUCUGCUGUUCGAGAGUUGGUGAAUACGUGCAGUUUGGAGUUCGGGAGGUUGGUGAUUGCAGUAGCUGCUGGUCUAUCUGGAAGGGGAUUAUCGCCUAAACGGUUUUUAUCCCCUUGUGAGCGAAACGGUCCGUUACAGGAGGCAUGUUCAGUUUGUAUAGGAAAGAGAUGUUUUUAGGAAUUUUGAUUCAUAGGUAUUUGAGUGCCUGUGAUUCCCAUUUCAAGGGGAGUCCAUCCGGCAUUGGCAAGGGUUGUCCGCUUCCCAGUCGAAGGCCGUACGAUUUGUUCUAGUUAAUUUUGAGACCUGAUCAUCAGCAAAGGCUGAGACUUUCAAGGUGGUGUUGCCCAUUGGAAUUCCCUUAAAUCCCCAAAGGGUUUCUAUGGCUCGUAGUAAAGAAUCAAUUGCUAGAUUGAAUAAUAGCAAAUUGGGCAGCCCUGACGCACCCCCCUUUUCAGAGGGGAGUCAAUGCUGUUUGUUGUUACACAAGUCAGUUGGUUAGGUUGUAGAUAAAGUUUACAAAAGUGUGUCCAAAGUAUCGUAACUUUAACACCCGCAUCAGAUGCUGCCAGAUGAUACUAUCGAAUGCCCUCUCUAUGUCUAGUCCGACAAGAGAUGGUGCUCUUAUGCCCGGCGUCCCCCUCGCAACCCAUGCCACAGCCGCCAAUGCCCCCGGACCUCCAUGCUUGCUUGCUUGCCCCUUAAAAAGCGUAGUUGGUGGGAAGUCAGUAAGUUAGGUAGGAACGUUUGGACUCUCAUUGUUAUGAUUUUAGUGAGAAGCUUAACAUCUUGAUUGAGUAGUGAGAAUGGUCGAUAGGAGACCAAGGCUUCUGAGUCUGUCUGAUUUGGGGAUAAGAAUGACUCAGGCCUCAUUGAGAGUUUCUAUUGGUAGACCUUCAAGAUAAAUUUGGUUCAAUAGGUGUUUGAGGGUUGGACUGAUUUGGAGCUUUAGGGUUUUGUAGUAUUCCGCCGUGAAGCCAUCUGGGCCAGGUGCCUUCCCAGAUUUCAGUGUUUUGAUUGCUCUGUGUAUUUCCUCCUCCGUGAUAGGUUCACUCAGGAGCUCCCUGGCCUCCACAUCAAGUUGAGGAAGGGCUAGGCUUUUAAGAAAAUUCUUGCUCUGGGCAUGAUUGUCCGGCGGGGCCUUAGCUAAAUUUCUGUGGUAAUCAUAAAACAAUUUCUUAAUUAAUUCAUGUGAUGUGCAUCUAGUGCUAUCCGGUGAGGUGAUAGCGGUAAUGGGUUUGAAUUUUGUUUUAGGAUUAGCCAGGCAGGCCAGGAGCUUCCCAGACCUUCCACCCCACCUAAAGAAGUGUUGUUGUUGAAAGUCUAAUUUCGAUUGUGCAUGGUUCGCGAUAAAAGUGUUUAGGUCAUUUUGAGCUUCUCUGUAUAGAUGUUUGUGGUCCUCGGUGGGGUCAAUCAUGUAUUGUCUGUGUGCCUGUUUGAGAACAUUUUCUAAGGAGGUAAAGUCUUGUUUCCAUGCCUUUUUAGCUGAUGCAGCAAAUGAGAUUAUUUGCUCCCCAGACUGCUUUGGACGUUUUUUUUAGUAGUUUGGGGUCAUCCGUGUGUUCCAGAUUGUCAUUGAUAAAAUUAGAGUUUAAGCAUGCGUGGGAUAGGCAUAAGGCUAUCCUAACUAUAAGAUAAGGCCAGGGACUAAUGAAAGUAUUUAGAAAAUUGGGCAGACUAGGUGGGCCGAAUGGUUCUUAUCUGCCGUCACAUUCUAUGUUUCUAUGUUUCUAUGGCCUGGAAAUUACUUUGGAAAGCCAGAUUAUUAGUAUUUUAAGGUACUUUAAAAAAAAAUGUAGACUAGGUACAUGUUUUAUUUGGGUUAGGGGGGGAAUGCUUUCCUAUGUGAUUUUCACUGACGCUGGAUGUCAUCAUGCAGAGCUUGAGGACGUUUAGGUUGGUUUAAGGGACUUAGAGUCCAGUAGAAUCCUGGAAGCAUCCCUAGUGGCUGUUUGCUAGACAGCCACUGGAGGCAGUCUUAGUCCUGCAAAGUAAUCAUUGCAGCUUCAAAAGAAUGAGAUGAAGUGGUCUGGGUACCAACAGUGUCCAUUUAAGCAAUCCUUUAGAUGAGCACUAGCAGUAUGGAUAUGAAUAGGAAACAGGAGAAAGUAUGUAGCACAGCAAGGUGAGUAUCAAUGGGUGUACUUAUGAAUUAGUGAGGAAAUACAAGAAGCAGAAUAUCUGGAAAAUGAGCAAGGUGUGAGUAGAACAACGGGAAAGGGCAUUUCCUGCAAAUGGAAUGUGAUAAAUAUGAGCAAGAGUUGUGGAAACUGAAGUGCCAUUAUGUUCAGUUGAAAGAAAUAAAAAACAACCAAAAAACACUUUACUACAAUCCAAUAAAUAUGUACUCAUGAAUGCACAUCAACUGUAUUUGGGGAUAUUAUUGCACCAGAAUCCAGACGAGUCCUCCUAACUAAUACAAAUACUCAAGUUUAUUUUUAAUGCAAAACAAGUUCCUGGAUGUCUUUUUAAUUGUAAAAGAUAUUGAGGGCCUCUACUAGUUUCUUCUAUCAUUUUAGGAGAUAAAAAAAUGCAUCCUUCUGCAAUCCCUGAUGAGAUCCAGUACUACUCGAGUCCAUUUGACCAUGUCUCUCCUGUACCUCUAACCAAACUCCCUAAUGGUUUGUAGCUAAUCCUAUAUUUUACUAAUCCUAGCAACCUUAUAAUUAUGCUAUUUGUUUCGUAAUGUCUGCAUGUGAGCAGUAAGGAGUAAUAAUGCCAAAAAAAUUUAAAUAGACCGUCAAACAGUCACAAUGUAGGAUGUAAUCUUCUGUCCAGGAAUAAGGGUGUUUACUUUAUUGUGCAUUCAUUGGUGCAUAACAAGCACAAAGUGGUUUACUCUUAUCUUCCUCUAUCGUAAAUGUCGCUGCUUACAGUAGUGAUCCAUUUUUGUUUGGAUGGAAAUGCAAUCAGACUUGUUCACAGACCCAAUUAAUUAAAUGCAUGAUCAAAAGGUGCACCUUCAGUGCAGUGUGCCUUGAACUCAAUUGUGCUUAUUAAUGAACAAAAAGUAAAGUAGGGGGGACUAGUUAAAUGAUGUGCAAGUUAGGCAGAAGUGAGUGCUAUAGCUAUAAUCUACAUAGUGUGCUGGCAAAAUCACCAGCAAAUGAAAGGAUUUAAUAGAAAUACAUAACUGAAGAUCACAUCUGCCUCUUUCAACAAGAAAGUUUGUUUGUCAUAGCAGGUCACUUUAAAGAUUAACAAAAUUUUAAGUGGGUUUCUAGUGAAGAGUUUGCCAUUACUUCCAUUAUUUAUUUAGUCACUUUGCGUGGUAUACACUUAUGUAAUAACAUGAAUAAUAACAUGCCACAUAAUAAUGCAGUUUUAUAGGAGAGGAAAAAAAAAAUAUCCAUGAUAUUAAGAAUUUUAUUUACUGCAUUUGAAAUUAUAUGUAACUGGCUAGAGGAUUACAAAUAUUGGGCCAAAAUAGCUAAGCCUUAAGUCUAAUUUUUGGCCAUUUUUGCUUAAACAAAAUUGAAAUUAUCUUGUCAGUUCACCACUAUUCCUGAUUUAUUGUAGAAUUGUGUGUGUUCUGAAUUUAUUUUCCUUUCUACCCAGUUUGUUCAGCUGAGGAAUCAUUUUGGUUAUUUUGACUUUCUCUCAAUAAAGUAGCAUAAUUAAGAAAAUUUGGACCUCCAACAUUAACCCUUAAAUGGUUACUCCAACCUUUUUUUGACAGUUUACAUCUUUGGGCAUACAAAGCCCCAUUAGGCAUACAAUGCCCUAUUGAGCAUGAAUAAUAGAUUCCUCUCCCUUAAAAAAAAAAAAAAAAAAAUGUAAAUGUUAAAAGGUAUGUGAGGAUAUGUGAUUAUAUAGGAUAGUGAUUACCGGUAGUCAUUUUUGUGUUGUUUCAGCCAAACACAUUUUCUCAAAAAACUUAGUGGUUUAUGAGCUGCCUCUUUGACAUGUACCUUUUUCCUGAAAUAUCUUAAUUGUAAAUAUCUAAGAAAUCUGACGUUAUCUUGUAAAUAUGCAAAAGGAAUGACCUGAUUGUUCUCAUAAAGUUGCCAGAUUCUUUGUAAUCCUGUUCUUUCAAUAUUCCUAAAAUCAUGGGCAAUCAUGCCCGGAAGGAAUUUGCAAUUCCUCAGAUAUGGCAUCAAGGGACAGAGGAACGAUGCAAUGCUGUACCUCUUUGCUGUAAUAUCCCAGACCUGGAGGGAAUGCAGCAUUGAUGGACAUUCCGUAUGCAACAUCGCUCUAUGCUCUUUAGGGACCCAGAGGUAGAACUGUGGGAGAUCAGUGCCCAUCAUGAGGGACUCCAGAUCUACCCAUUUUCUUUCAUCUUUUGCAUGUGUGCCAUGUCUCUAUUUGAGCCAAUUGGGCUGUUAGUUAGUAAUUGUGAAGAUGAGGCAAUCCUAGCCCUCCAGCUGACUUGGGUCGAUCUAGUAUGUUUGGGGCACUCUGUGUCUUUUAUUCUGCCAUAUAAAAGUGCCUAUAGCCUUUUGUAAUGGUGCUAAGUCAGAUUUGUAAAUGGGUAAAGGUAACACUUGGAACAUAAACAACAAGUGUGACAUGAUAUUCAUUUUCACAGAAUGGACUCUCCCAAUCCAUUAAAUCGGUUGUCCAUCCAUCUAACCAGAUGUUUAACCCCUUAAGGACACAUGACGUGUGACAUGUCAUGAUUCCCUUUUAUUCCAGAAGUUUGGUCCUUAAGGGGUUAAUCAAAGUUUUGAUCAUAGGGGUGUUAUUGGGGCAAUAAAACUUAGAGGGGUCACAGUCAGUCUGUUUCCCAGAUAUUUUAUGGAGCCCGAUUCAAUUUGAAUAUGGUGAAUGUCGUGAAUGCGUGCCGUGUUCACUGGUAACAUGCCUAUGGGGAGAGCACUCGACUUGUCUAUAUUCACUUUAUAGCCAGAUAUUGUGCUAUAUUCAGUAAUUCUUCAUAUAAUCUAAGGGAUGUGGUUAAAAGCACAUCAUCGGCGUAUGCAGAUAUCAAAAACUCCUUGCCUCCCGCUUUAACCUCGUGUAGAUCGGGAUGUCUGCGCAUAGCUUGCAAAAAGUAAUGAGAGACAGAUGAUUGCUUUAGUAAAAUUGAGUGGCCAAAAAUGCAAUUCUCAGUUUCCCCACCCUUGCUUCUUUUAUUUAAGUUAUAGCCCCCCACGGAGACACUGUAUUCUUUACAUUGAAGCCCAGGUGAGGGCAGGAUGUAUGUUAUUAGCGACAAAGUUUAGCAGAAAUACCCGCACUCACGGCAUGGAAAGUGGUGGCAUGGGGGAAGUAUAAUACAUCCUUUGUACCAAUGUGGAGGUCAUGCUGACCCCCACAUCUGUAUAAUAAGUAGUAUCAAAUAGGUCUGCUUAACCCCUUAAGGACCAAACUUCUGGAAUAAAAGGGAAUCAUGACAUGUCACACAUGUCAUGUGUCCUUAAGGGGUUAAAUUAUAGCAGUUUACUUUCAGCCUCAGUUAGAACACAGGCUGUUUCUGAGAAUGCAUUGUGCAAGAGCUUGGUUUUAUGUUUUUCAACUAAAAUGUGCGCUUGCCUCCAACUUUUUGUGAACUUUCCGUUUGAAAGAUUAUAUAAAUCGCUAAAUGUUCAUGAAAUGUAACUUUUUAAAAAACAGAAUUCAUCCUAUAAAAAAAUAAAAGGAAGUAGUGAUUGGCUUAUUCUAUAAAAUACAGGUCACACAGGGGUUAAUAAUGCACAUUCCUUGUGUGAUAAUAUCCAAACUUUGUGCUACUGCCCACUGUGUGUCUGUUUGCAGUGGAAGGAUUAGAGAUAUACAGACCAUAAAGGUCCUGCAUCGAAACCAAGAAUAUAGUAACAAUGCUAUGCUGAUUAACCUAUUGAGUGCAGUGACAAACAUUGUAAUUAUGUAAUGGUGCUGCAGCACAGAUAUCUACGAUUUUAACUCUUUGCAUUACUGGACAUUUGAAAUAAACCGUGACCUGUGACCAUUUAAUAUUUAAUAUAUAACCAUUUAAAUGUUUUAAAAAAAAAAAACAAAGAUGAAAAUCCAAAACAUAAUGCUUUUAAUGUGUAAACAUCAUGCUUAAUGUGACUGAAAAAAAUAUUUCAUAAAACACAAUAUACUAUCAGAAUCUUUAAAGUAGAUUUUGCCGCUGUAUUGUCAAAUACAAAUGCUAUUGAUCAUUGUGGUGAAUAAACAUUCUGAAGUCCCUCACUGGCAUUGUAUGUGUUUUUUAAUUUUAUUUUAUGUGAAGGUCACAUACAAAAUAGAAGCUUAGCUCAGUUCAAUGACAAUUCUGCAAUUUCCUUGUGUUAGAUGUUUAAUUGGUGGUAACAUGGGCCAGUGCCCUCUACAAACAAAUUCACAGGUCCGACCAGACUGGAAUAGGCUGCCUAUUACAGGAGUGUGUGCACCUUCUCUUAAACCAUGACCCUCCCACAUAAGCCUUUUAGAAAAAAAUAUUUAAGAGUCUAGUUCAGCAUCUCAGAGGGAGUCCAACUACUUUUUCCAACCCCUCCCAAGGGGAAGAAAAAUAAUAGAAAAUUAAAUUGGGAUCUUCAUAAAUAUUUAACUGUGAGGUGCUGCGUUCAGUUAAGCACUGAGUGUUUGUAGAAAUAAAUAAAGGACAACUAUUCGUGGUACCACGCCAUUCUGCGUGGAGAAAUUAGUACGAGGGUAACACAAUGAUGUACCAACUGUGUGCGACACUGUUUAGUUUGCCUAUGGUCCUGCAUGCCUCUGGAGCAGGUGAGACAUUAUAGUUUAAUUUUAUGUUAAGCAUAUAAGCAUAAUGUAAUUCUUCUUGGCAACUUUCCUUUGUUAAUUUAUUUUUUAAAUACUUAUACUACUCUUAUAGCAAUUAUUUUUUAUUUCAAUUUGAGCAAUAUAUAGAACUUCAAAUUCACCAGUUUCCUGGAACUUUUUAUCUGCUUAUAGAAAUUUAAGAAUAAACUACGCAGACAUGAUUAUAUAAUAUUAAUAUAAUGUAUAAUUUAUAUUAUAUAUGUAUUAUAUAAUAUAAUAUAAUUUAUCUGAUUAUAUUUUAUUUCACCCCUUCUUGGUCCUUUAUUGCACAAGGUAUCGAGGAUCAAGCUUAAUUUAUAGCUUGGAUAUCUUUUUGAAACAAUUAAAUGCCACUGAAAGAAUUUAGCAUUUUCCAAGUUUUUAUUUCCUGCGUUAAUUUAGAUAAUUGAAUGUUGUUAAGCUGAUGAUAGCAAUAAAUAUAGGAAUAUUAACAUGUAAAAUGCAUAAGUGAUUUUAAAAGGCAUGAAAGUUUAUUUAGGAAAAUAUGAAAGUACCAUAUCCAGUAUUUUUUAGAAAGAACUGUAUUGUUUUAUUUUAAAUUGCAGGAAUAUGUAAUUGCUAUUGACACGAAUCAAAUUUAUUUAAUUGAAGAAGCACUCUAAACUUCAUAGCUACUACACCACUUCAGUGAUUAUGGUGCAUUGAGACUCUCACAAUAACUGGGGGUUUCAUUGAGCUCAUAGCGCAGAUCCUCCACAAUGGACAAAUGUAUUGGCCUGCUCAGCUUUAGGUAGCUGUGAUUGGCUUAGAGUGCUGGCCCAACAUACCCCCCCCACAUACACUGUCCUCCAUUGCCCUAUACAGGCAAAUAUGAAAGUUCACGUACACUGUAAUCAAGCUGCAGUAAAGGGUCUAGGCAACAGGCUCCUGAAAUGCAAUUUUUAAAAUUUUUAUUAUUAAUCUACAAACCCAGUUAGAUAUAUAAUUUUGGUAGAGCACCCACAGACAUUGUUUACCAUAACCACUGCAAUACUUAGUAGUUAUUUAAAUUAGACAAGAUAAGUAGCAGUAACAGCUAGUAAACUAUAAGGAAGGUAUCAUUAUUUCCCUGGGAUAAUAUAGUUGCAGCAAAUCAAUGGCUAUAACAUAGUUUUCAGUACACUAAAAUAUAUAACUUCCAAACAAUAUGGAGACUUGAGAUGUUUUGUGUUUAUCUGUCAUUGGUCUAUUGCCCCAUUAUUUUGCUAAGAACAAUUUCUCAGUAACAUGUCAGACUUUUACCUAAUUUAUAUAUCUUCCAGUCAAUCUGUUAGGGAUUUCUAAUAUAUAUUUGAGAAUUUGUACACUUACUAGGCUAAAAACAUGAACAGAAAAGAUUUUGAAAGAUCAGUGAGGCAGAGCUUUAAUAAUGGUGCUAUCACCUUGAAACACGUUUAGAUGUAUUUUGACAACACAUGAUAAAUCCCCUCCAAUAGUAUAAUAUACAUUUUACUAUUUUACACGCUAAUAUGUAUCCAAAAUUUGCACUGUUUUUGUUUUGUAUAUUGAUGAUGAUGAUGUGAUAUCUAUUAUUCUAUAGACACAAUUUAAAAAUUAUGAUGUUUGCUUUACCACGCUUAGAUUGCUUAUUAUGUAUUCCCUGUGCACAGGCCAUUGGUGUUACGUUUCUCAGAAUCCCGGUUGUGGUGAGUAUACUGAGAUUUAAUAAUUUAGGCCAUACUGUCUACACUAUUGUGGGGCUCCAGGAAGAACAGGUUUUCACAGUGUCAUAACAUGAACACAUGUAGAUCAAGAAUUUAAAUAACAUGACCACGACCAUGAACAUUCAGAUAUGAAUACAAUUAGCACUGAUGCCAACUUCCCUACACAAACCACUGCCAUAUGGGUGAGUUAUAAAUCCUGUUGUGUUUCUAGAUCCCUAUGUGUCACUAUUGUAGUGCAUUUAAAGCAGGUGUUCCCAACCCACUCCUCAAGUACACCCUACUGGUCCAGGAUUUAGGGAUUACCCUGUUAUCUCUAAAGGGAUUUUUUUUUCUAAGAACACCUUAGACACAACUGGGCAAUCCCUUACUCCUGGACUGUUAGGGGGUACUUGAGGACUGGGUUGGAAACUACUGAUUUACAGGGAACCUAGAGUCCCGAAAAUAACAAUUAUUUUAAGGGCCAUUGUCCAUCCCCCCGUUUGCUAAUGAAAACAUUAAGGGAAGUGUAAAUUGCUCACUUCAUUUCCAGUGCAGAGACUCCUUGCUGCAGGAGCUCACUUCGCCUCUGAAGCCAUCAGCAACCCUGCUGACUUCUGUGUAUUAUAUUUAUUAUCAAAAUAUAUUUAUAUAUUGCACACCACAGAAUGUGGAAACUAAAGGAAACUCAAUGGGAGAGUUUAAUGUAUCUGAAAGUACCAGCACUGUAUAACUCAAUGUGAUUACAUGCAGGCAAACCAUGAUUAAUUAUGAAUAAAGGUUAAACAUUGUCCUCAUUUACCAGUUUAAUAUUCAUAAAGGUCAGAUGAUUAAUUGGGUAAUUUUAGAAUUUAGGAGAGCUGACUUACUAGAUUUGCAAAUUUAAUGGACCAUUACAGGUACAUGCUAACUAAGGCUUUAAAACCAAAAGUUAUCACGUGCCAAGUCGACUUUAAUGAGACUGUUGCAUGAAAACAUUACUUUUAUUUUUACCUUGGUGUGAGAGAUGUAUUGCAUGUAGGGAUAUGUUUAGAUACGUAUGUAAAGGAUUCAUUGUACGAAAUUUAUAUGUACCAGGGCCAUCCCACUGGAAGGACAUAAACCACAACUGUGGGGGCAAUACGCAAUCUCCCAUCAAUAUUGAGAAAUCCAAAGUGAAGAGAGAUAGCAAUUUAGGGGAAAUCAUAUUCCAAGGGUAUAAUCACGCUCCUUCCCAUCGCUGGAGGCUCAUGAAUGAUGGACACUCAGGUAAGACUUCACUAGUAGUUGUUUCCCAUGGGUACCUACUCACUCUGCUUUUCGCUGUCUUAUCCCUCUAGGCACAGGUCGGUAUCUUAUGAUCCAGCUGCUAGUUCAACCAGUGGUUCAGAUAUGUAGCUGCAUAGUUUGUUUCAUGAACACAUAUAUGGAGUAUGAUGUGAAUGCUCAUAUAAUACAUACAGCAGCAUGAGGGGGUGAUGCACACAUUAACAUGGGAGCGCAGGGGUUAUGCAGAUCCAUAUUAAAACACAAUGUAUAGACGUCCAAACCCACUGAGCAAUAGCAAUAGUAUAACAGGUUUUCCAUAACUUGGAAAAUAUGGGCCAUUCCAUUCCAAGCCAGUUUAGUCUAAAUGGUAUGUGUGUUUACCAAACCAGUUUUUGUUUCAGAUAUUCUUGAUUGGAUAUGUUUUUAGGAAUAUUCCUGUCAUGCAGAGGUGAAUUAGAGAAAUUGACUGAAAGACUGAUUAUCUCAUUUUUACUCUAACCUAAAUAUAAAGGAAAUGUAAGACUAGACAUUAGGAGCUCUAUAAAUCCAUAGGCAUGCAUAGCUCAUCUGUGUAUUUAUUUAUUUUAGAAAAGAUGAACGUCUAGUGGUGGACCUCUUGAACUCAGGAAUCUCCCUAGUUUUUGCAGUAGUCGGUAGAGUUUUACUCUAAAAAUUAGGUUUGUAAGUGAAUGUCACGACCAUACCAUUUCUUAGAAUAUGUUUUUGUGUUGGCAGAAGAAGGGGGGUAGGGAGGCAAGGGGGGAUUUCUACUUGCCAGGGCUAAAUUUCCACUUCUUUUAGCAUUUCCUAUUCUUUCAUGGCCCCCCAUUGUUACUAUAUUUAGGUAGUUUUUACACGCAAUAUAUCUAUUUUUAUCCACAGUUCUUCUGAGUCUUGAAGGAGAGGUGAUUUUGGGGCACAUCAAUAUCAGUGGUGCAGGGCUCCCCAACACAUAUCAUGCCCUGCAGUUUCACUUCCACUGGGGGAGCCCCAAGAGUGAUGGAUCAGAACACACCAUGGAUAGAAAACAGUUCCCUAUGGAGGUGAUUAAUAUUCUUGCUAAACAAAGAAGCAACACACAAUCAUGGGUUGGAUAUGCAUUGAUAUUUUCAAGCAGAUAGAGAAAUGCUAUUUGGUAUAAUCAAGACUUUUGUGAUAGUGUAUAUUCAUUGAGCUAGUUCGGCAUGACUUGAAGAGAUAUUUAUAGCAUUUGCCUCAUUUUAAUGUGUUUUUGGAAUGUCUAAAACAAGAAUAAGCGACCUUGGACACUCCAGGUGUUGUGGACUACUUCUCCCAUAAUCCUCUUACAGUCAUAAUGAUGGCAAAGCAUCAUGUGAGAUGUAGUACACAAUAUCUGUAGUGCCAAAGGUUGCUUGCCCUUGGUCUAGGAGAUAGUUAUAGCUUUGGAAAAAAAAUAUUUCAGACAUGUGUAAUAAGAAAAAUGUGGAAUUGGGAGCACAAACCUGGAACAAGCAUUCCUAAGUAGUGUUGAUGCCAUUGAGACCAAAAUAUGUUUAAAACAUAGAUCAGGGAACAGGGCACACACAAAAAAUUAUAUUAUUUUAAGUUUUACAAGGCUACAUAAAAUCAUCUAUCUUGGCAAACAAAUAUGGGGUUUCGGUUAGUCCAUAUGGCCAUAUUGUAUUAAGCCUACCACUAUGUCACAGUAUACCACUAUUGUGACGUAGUGUUGGGCUUAACACAAUUUGGCCAUAUGGUCUAACCGAAACCCCAUAUUUGUUUGCUAAAAUAGAUGAUUUUAUGUAGCCAUGUUAAUUUUAAAACAGUAUUUUUUGUGUGUGCACGGUUCCCAAUCUGUAUUGUAUUUAAUAAACCUGCAAUGGUGGAUAAUUGACAAGGAAAAUGAAAACUAUGGGACUAAAUAUCUUAGCUGGAAUAAAUUCUUCAAUUCAGCUAUUUUGGUGUGGAAUAUUUAAUUCCCUUGUCAAUUAAUCACAAUUUCCUGUUUAGUGAAUAAAUCCAGAUAUAUACAGAUUUUGUAUUUCCAGGUCCCUGCAGCAGCAUAAUUAGCAUUACCCAGACAAUCUCAGGCUCUGAUUGCUGGUCUGGCAUUAAUAGACAUUGUUUACACAAUAUCACUAAUUGCCCUUAUAUAAUGUCAUUCUAUUGAUGCUUAUAAUUAUGCUUGGGAUAACACUGAGGGGCGUUUUGUUUUACUUUGCCUGUGAACCUUCAACCAGCAGUGUACCCACUAACAUAUGUGAGUGGUCUCUUUGAAUAACUUGGACAUAUAGUGAUGAUGUGAACAUGUUAAUGACCUACCCUUAUGAUUUGCUUUCUUGAGAACUUCAGAAUGAGGGGGGUUCCAGUCCAUAUUAAACAUGGGUAACCUCCCACCCCAAGUAUCUUCCAAAAAGUGACACUAAUAACUACACAAUUAUGAAUGGCUCUUUAAAGACCCUGUGCUAUAAAGAACGCAACACCAUUACAGUGUUACCCAAAUUACUCUCUUUAACUUGCUUUGGUUGAACAUAAAAUUGCAAAGAACUGGUAAGAUGGCAACAUUAGAAAAAAAAAAAAUAUAUUUUUUUUCCAGCAAAUCUGAUUCUUUUAUUUUUUUUUUUUAUAUUUUCUUAUCAAUUCUAUAAAACUCCUGGUUUGGUGAAUAUCCAAAAUAUUCUUUAUAACAUACUUCCAGUGGUUGAUUACCCUGUCAUGAGAGAAGAGGCAGAUGUCCUCCUGAAGGAGUUAGGUGCCCACUCAAGCAAUGUUUUUUUAUGCCAUAAUCUUAUUAUGUAUGUGACAAUGGUGUCACCGUGUUAAGCAAUUCCCAUGAACCUUGGCAAUCAGUAAUUGUAAUACAAUUUUUGCUGUGGUAAACAUACUAAGUGACAAUGCUUCAGUUUAUCUCUCACCGUAUUUGUAGACAAAAUCUCAUGAUUUGUUAGAGCUCUCCCACUAGUCUACAUUAUUGCUGCACCACACAUAUACCUGCUAAUAAAUAAAAGGUAGUGGUUGUAUUCUGCCUUAACCUGCCACACACAAUCAUUGUUUUAAAUUGAUAUGAGUCACUAUGCUAGAGCUUAUAUCAACUUAAACGAUAAAUCGCUAUGUAGUGGUCAGCAGUAAAAGUUUAUUUAUAACCAAGUCACAUGUGUAGACAAACAUAGUUGGUUGUAUACAUUUUAUGCUAACAAGCAAACAUGUCAAACAAGUUGGUAAACUCAGAUUUUUUUUUUGUGACUGUGAAACAGACUUCAAUGCAAAUUAAAUUCAUUCAUUGGUGAUGUUGAUCAUGUGCCAGAUUAGUGAUAAAGAUAACAUUCACAUUCUGCUAGCAAAUAUAUAUAUAUAUAGAUCUGCUACAUUACAAAUAUUGUUGGUUAAUGGUUAACUAGCUAAACUUUGCCAGAUUUCUGUCCAGUUACCUUCUUAACAGCUAGUUAAUUGACGUUUGCAGUGGUUUCUCAGUAAUUCUUUGCAUGAUUUACAGCUACAUAUUGUUCACAUGAAUGCCAAGUAUAAUAGCAUUGCUGAAGCAAAGAAGGACCCCGAGGGCCUGGCCGUGCUUGGGUUCCUUUUCACAGUAAGUAAGGAUUACUGGCAUAUUUCCAAACCAUGAGGUAUCCUCCUCCUCCAGACAAUUAUGAAAAACACAUUUCUUGCAGGUUGGUGAGACUGAUAAUCCUUAUUAUAACACUCUGCUGCCAGCUAUGAAGAAUGUGUCUUUGGAAGGUCAGUGUAGACUUUAUUGACCAUUUCUCUUAUUUUGCCUUUUUUUAUCAGCUCUCCUUCACUUCUCACCUGCAUUACUCUUUGUUACUUUAUGGUGCCCCAUUGUGGCUCCAGUCACAAUUAAAAUAAAACAAAACAGCAGUUUAUGUCACAAUUACAGGAUGGUUAUUCUUAAUAAAGGUGAUUUUACGACAGUUGCAAAAUGUGAAGGGGCUGUAAAACUGCUCAAUUUGAGGUCUCUCUCACUUGAAUGCAUCACAUUGUUUAUUCCUUGGUGUCGAUUUUCCUAACAUCUAUAAACUCCGUGUCCCUGAACACAAAGGCAUUCUCUUGAGUCACCACCUCUCUCUCUCUCUCUUUUUUUUACUAAUUCUCCCAUAUUUACCUUCUACCACCUUUUCCUCUAGCCAAUAUUAUAUAUUUCUUCAGUAUUUCUUAAUGCUCAAAUUUUAGGUGCCUUUGUGGAUUUGUCCUCAACAUUUCCGCUUGAAUCCCUCCUCCCAAGUCAUGAAAAGCUGUCUCGCUACUACAGAUAUCAGGGUUCGCUCACCACUCCAGAUUGCUCAGAAGCUGUAAUCUGGACAGUCUUUGAGGAAUCAAUUAAAAUCAGCCAUAAUCAGGUAAGAAGGAUAACUUGAAAUAAAGCAUUCUGGUUAUAUUAUAAAAGCAUGCACUGGCUAAAACUUUUAUUUUCACUUGAUAAAAUUACCAUUAACCAAAGAAAAUGAAAUUUAAAGUGGAUCUGUCACUUUAGGUGAUCUUUGCAUAUUUUUCGUACAGACGCCCAAAGUGGACUGGUCCGAUGUGGGAUCAGUGGUGGCGGAGGGCAUGUGAGGUACAUUCUUAGUCCUGUGUCCUCUUCGGUUCCUGGUGCUUAAGUUGUCAGGUGCCAUGUCAACUCUGGUCUCUUGCGAUGUGUGAGAGUACAACAGGGAGGUCUAUGCAGGAUCCUGUGAGAUUGUGGGAUCUUCCAUAGCUAGAGUCGGAAUCCUACGGCUAUCAUUUGUGACGGCUGCUGGGAUCGGACAAAAGUUUACUGUGGAACGCUACCUUUUGUCAAUCUCAGGCAUUACCAUAAGACAAAGUAGUCAAUAUGGUAUCUUUGGAUUGCCUUGUAAUUUAAAUAAAAAAUUCUUUAAAAAGUCUUAAUCAAAUAUUUCAUAUAUAAUAUAUAUUUAGGAAAUACUAAAAAUAGUGAGAAAUGACAUAUCCACUUUAAGGGUAACAUUCAGUAUGUAUGUUGUUAGCACAUGCUUAGUAUACUGCAGUUUAUGAAUCAUGACAUAAGUAUUCAUACAGUACAUCUUAAUGUACAUAUAUUAUUCAACACUGGAAUGUGAUGAAAAUGAAUGUUUUGCCUAUAUCAUAGAGUUCCAUUACUUUUCAAUGCUUCACUAGCAACAGAUAAUAACUCUUAGUAAUAUGUUUGCAGCUUCAGAUUUUUACUGAUACAGUUUACUUCUCUGCCAACAAUGAGAAACUUAUCAAGAUGACCAGCAAUUUUCGUCCACCCCAACCACUGAAUGGACGCACUGUCUGGGCUUCCAAAGAUGCCACCGUGAGCCACUCCAAUACUGUCAUCGCCUCGAUCAUUACACUGUGCCUGGGGAGCAUGAUCACUCAAGCGUUUCUGCUUUUCUGAGAAGCUUUUUUUUUGGUUUAUGAUGAACUUUAGAAAAUUCAGACUUUUUGGGCAAUUGCAUCAAGGAACGAAGAACUGCACUAAAUGCAAUAUCAAUGCAGCCUGAUGUUAUUUAGAGCAAUAUAAUCAAUGAACACUCUCCAAAUGAAGACCUGGUAAACUGUAACCCAAUGAGAUCAUCCUCACAAUCUGACUUCCUCAUCCUUGCAUCCCGCUUACUAUUAUUGUACGUCAUCCUCACUUACUGCUAGAUUGUAAGCGCAAUAUGUCUAUGUUAUGUUGAGCUUUAUGUAAUGUAAGUUAAACAACAACUUGUCUGUAACUGCAGGACUUAGUUCAGGAAAGCCAAUGGAAACUCCUAAGAAUGAGCUUCCGGCUCUCUUUCAAAUGGUACUGGAGGUAGGAAAUGGCCCCCACUAAACCCCAGGUAAAAAGUCAAACCGAUACAGUAGAGUGGGGCCAAGGCAGUCCUGGCACUAUGACCACUACAGAAUACUGUAGUGGUUAUGGUGUUUGGGGUGUUUCUGAAAGCUAAUUUUCUCAACAAAUACACACUGUUAUUAUAUCAACCCCAUUUGUAUCUCUGUUAUAGAUUUGUUUGGCUCUUUAAUGGUUAUUAUUAAAAGAGUAAUUAUUAUAUGUACUAUCAAGUUUUUUCACAUGGGUGUUAAUUGACGGAAUCUUGGAAUAACUUUAUUUUGAAUAUUUAUGCACGUAAAAAAACCUAAUUAAAACAAAAUUACAU